AACCUGGCUGCGCAUCAUCACAUCACCCCACUCUCUGCUGUUAAAGCAUCUGAUGGGGAUGUGUGACCUCAUCAUGAUGUGAUGUUUUCAUCAUCACUCGGAAGAGAGAUGUCUGGCAGAUACAAUUAAUUUAUCGAUCUUUUUAAUCCAACUUUUUUUUCAGGAUUACGUGUCGGUUUAUCUCCACCGUAUUUGGAGCCUGCUCCUGUCGCCCAACCAUGGCACAACAGGACGGCGCUGCCAAGAAGAUUCCGGCUGUUGCGGAAUUGCACUCUCACUUCAUUGUGGGAUCUGUGUCAGAGGAGAACUCAGAGGAUGAAAACCAAGGGAAGGUGGACUUGCAGCUAGAUGAGAAGGAGACUCGCUCCUUGUCUCCAUCUUCUGGGAGUUCGGACAGCACCUAUGAAAUGGGCUUCGACCACAUCGACGGUCCCAUGCACAAUUUAAGAUCAAGCAUGUCAGGCCUGCACCUGGUGAAACAAGGACGAGAUCGCAGGCGUAUUGACCUCCAGAGGGACUUCACUGUUGCUUCUCCUGCUGAAUUUGUCACACGCUUUGGUGGUAACAGGGUCAUUGAAAAGGUGCUCAUUGCCAACAAUGGCAUUGCAGCAGUGAAAUGCAUGCGCUCCAUCCGCCGCUGGGCCUAUGAAAUGUUUCGCAAUGAAAGGGCAAUCCGUUUUGUCGUCAUGGUGACCCCAGAAGACCUGAAGGCCAAUGCAGAGUACAUCAAGAUGGCAGAUCAUUAUGUGCCUGUACCCGGGGGGACUAAUAACAACAACUAUGCCAAUGUUGAGCUCAUUCUAGACAUUGCUAAACGCAUACCAGUUCAGGCAGUGUGGGCUGGAUGGGGGCAUGCCUCAGAAAACCCUAAACUCCCAGAGCUCCUUCAAAAGCAUGGCAUUGCUUUCAUGGGUCCACCAAGUCAGGCUAUGUGGGCUCUUGGAGAUAAGAUUGCUUCCUCCAUCGUGGCUCAGACAGCUGGAAUUCCAACAAUGCCCUGGAGCGGAACAGGUCUGACAGUGGACUGGCCAGAGAAUAACCAAAAGAAGAAGGUCGUCAACGUUCCUCACGACUUGUAUGAGCUUGGCUGCGUCCAGGAUGUAGAGCAUGGCAUGAAAGCUGCAGAGAAAAUUGGCUACCCUAUAAUGGUGAAGGCCUCAGAAGGUGGUGGAGGAAAAGGGAUCCGUAAAGUCAACUCUGCUGAUGACUUCCCUAACCUGUUCAGACAGGUCCAGGCAGAAGUCCCAGGAUCACCCAUUUUUGUCAUGCAGCUAGCCAAGCAUGCCCGUCACUUGGAGGUUCAGAUUUUGGCUGAUCAGUAUGGCAAUGCCAUUUCCCUGUUUGGCAGAGACUGUUCUGUGCAGCGACGACACCAGAAAAUUAUAGAAGAGGCUCCUGCUACCAUCGCCACUUCUGAUGUGUUUGAGGAUAUGGAAAAGUGUGCGGUGAAGCUGGCUAAGAUGGUGGGUUAUGUAAGUGCUGGUACAGUUGAGUACCUCUACAGCCAGGAUGGCAGCUUCUAUUUCCUGGAGCUCAACCCUCGUCUACAGGUGGAACACCCGUGCACUGAGAUGGUGGCUGAUGUCAACUUGCCUGCUGCCCAGCUGCAGAUUGCUAUGGGUAUUCCUCUUCAUCGGAUCAAAGACAUUAGAAUGCUUUAUGGCGUUCAGCCCUGGGGGGACUCUCCCAUUGAUUUUGAGGCUCUGUCCACUGCCCCUUCCCCUCGGGGCCAUGUCAUUGCUGCUCGUAUCACCAGUGAGAACCCAGAUGAGGGUUUCAAGCCAAGCUCUGGAACCGUGCAAGAGCUGAAUUUCCGCAGCAAUAAGAAUGUGUGGGGCUACUUCAGCGUUGCAGCGGCUGGAGGGCUGCAUGAGUUUGCUGACUCCCAGUUUGGGCACUGCUUCUCAUGGGGAGAGAAUCGUGAAGAAGCUAUCUCAAACAUGGUGGUUGCGCUUAAGGAGCUGUCUAUUAGGGGUGACUUCAGGACAACAGUGGAGUACCUCAUUAAGCUGCUGGAGACGGAAAGCUUCCAGCACAAUAGUAUCGACACAGGCUGGCUGGACAGACUUAUCUCAGAGAAGAUGCAGGCGGAGCGUCCUGAUACCAUGCUGGGAAUUGUGAGCGGUGCUCUGCAUGUGGCAGAUGUCAAUCUCAGGAACAGUGUUUCCAACUUUUUGCACUCUCUGGAAAGGGGUCAGGUGCUACCAGCACACACGCUGCUCAACACUGUGGAUGUGGAGCUGAUCUAUGAAGGUACUAAGUACGUUCUGACAGUGACUCGUCAGUCUCCCAACUCCUAUGUGGUCAUCAUGAACAAUUCUUGUGCUGAGGUGGAUGUCCAUCGGCUCAGUGAUGGAGGUCUUUUGCUGUCAUAUGAUGGAAGCAGCUACACUACGUACAUGAAAGAAGAGGUGGACAGGUAUCGCAUCACAAUUGGGAACAAGACAUGUGUUUUUGAGAAGGAAAACGAUCCCUCGCUGCUGCGGUCUCCUUCAGCAGGCAAACUCAUUCAGUACACUAUUGAGGAUGGCGGGCAUGUGUUUGCUGGCCAGUGCUACGCUGAAAUAGAGGUGAUGAAGAUGGUCAUGACUCUCACUGCAGCAGAGUCUGGUUGUAUUCACUAUGUGAAGAGAGCUGGAGCAGCAUUGGAGCCUGGCUGUGUCAUUGCCAAGUUGCAACUGGAUGACCCAAGCAGAGUGCAGCAGGCUGAGCUCUACACAGGGACCCUGCCUUCUAUCCAGGCAGUAGCUUUGAGAGGAGAGAAGCUGCACAGAGUUUUCCAUAACACACUGGGUCAUCUUGUUCACAUGAUGAAUGGCUAUUGUCUUCCUGAGCCUUUCUUCAGUGCUAAGUUGAAAGAAUGGGUGGAAAGGUUAAUGAAAACCAUGCGCGAUCCUUCUUUACCACUGUUGGAGCUUCAAGACAUCAUGACGAGUGUUUCAGGUCGCAUCCCCCCUGCUGUGGAGAAGGCCAUCAAGAAGGAGAUGGCUCAGUAUGCCAGCAACAUAACUUCUGUGCUUUGCCAGUUCCCCAGCCAGCAGAUUGCAAACAUACUGGACAGCCAUGCUGCUACUCUUAACAAGAAAUCAGAGAGAGAAGUCUUCUUUAUGAACACUCAAAGCAUUGUUCAGCUGGUGCAGAAGUACCGCAGCGGCAUCAGAGGUCACAUGAAGGCCGUCGUGAUGGACUUGCUUAGACAAUAUCUAAAAGUAGAGAUCCAGUUUCAGAAUGGACACUACGAUAAGUGUGUCUUUGCACUGCGUGAGGAAAACAAGGGUGACAUGGCCAAUGUGCUCAAUUAUAUCUUUUCCCAUGCUCAAGUCACCAAGAAGAACCUACUGGUUACUAUGCUGAUUGACCAGCUCUGUGGUCGUGAUCCAACACUAACAGAUGAAUUGAUGGCCAUUUUGACUGAACUCACCCAGCUCAGCAAGACAACCAAUGCAAAGGUGGCGCUGCGUGCUCGGCAGGUGUUGAUAGCUUCCCACCUUCCCUCUUAUGAGCUACGACACAACCAGGUGGAGUCAAUCUUCCUCUCUGCCAUUGAUAUGUAUGGGCACCAGUUCUGCAUUGAGAACCUGCAGAAACUGAUCCUUUCAGAGACAUCCAUAUUUGACGUUCUCCCCAACUUCUUCUACCACAGUAAUCAGGUAGUCAGGAUGGCUGCCCUCGAGGUGUACGUUCGGAGAGCAUACAUAGCCUACGAGCUCAACAGUGUUCAGCAUCGACAACUGAAGGACAACACAUGUAUAGUAGAGUUUCAGUUCAUGCUUCCAACUUCACAUCCCAACAGAGGGAACAUCCCCACUCUAAACAGGAAAAUGUUUCCUUCAGUCCUGGAUAAUCUAAAAGUCAUGGACACUAAAUUAGAGGAAACUAAACCCCAGGACCCUAAAGCACCAAAAAAAGAAUCACAGGAUGAUAAUGCUGAGAAGAAAAAUGCAUCAGAUUUGGAUACAGUGGACAGGAUGUCAUUCUCAUCCAACCUGAAUCACUAUGGCAUGGUGCACAUGGCCAGUGUGAGUGACGUUCUGCUUGACACGUCUUUUACACCACCUUGUCAGCGCAUGGGAGCCAUGGUGGCUUUCCGCAGCUUCCAGGAGUUCACAAAGAACAUAACAGAUAUGUUGAGCUGCUUCUCUGACUCUCCUCCACAAAGUCCAACCUUCCCAGAAGGAGGCAAUCCUGUGCUGUACGGUGAAGAGGACAACAAGAGUACCCAGGAUGAGCCUAUCCAUAUCCUGAAUGUUGCUAUAAAGACCGACAGCGACAUUGAUGAUGAUGGCCUGGCAGCUAUGUUCCGGGAAUUCACUCAGUCAAAGAAAUCUCUGCUGUUUGAACACGGCAUCCGAAGGUUGACUUUUCUUGUGGCUCAAAAGGAUUUCAGGAAGCAAGUCAACUGUGAGGUGGACCAAAGGUUUCAUAGGGAAUUUCCUAAAUUUUUCACAUUCCGUGCCAGGGACAAGUUUGAGGAGGACAGGAUCUAUCGUCAUUUAGAGCCUGCAUUAGCAUUCCAGCUGGAGCUCAACCGCAUGCGGAAUUUUGCUCUCACUGCCAUUCCAUGUGCCAAUCACAAGAUGCACCUGUACCUGGGUGCAGCCCGAGUGGAGGUGGGCACAGAAGUUACGGACUACCGUUUCUUUGUCCGAGCUAUUAUCCGCCACUCUGAUCUGGUAACAAAGGAGGCCUCCUUUGAAUACCUUCACAAUGAAGCAGAGCGCCUGCUUCUGGAAGCUAUGGAUGAACUGGAGGUGGCUUUCAACAAUACAACUGUGCGAACUGACUGUAACCAUAUCUUCCUCAACUUUGUCCCUACAGUCAUUAUGGACCCAUCAAAGAUCGAGGAGUCUGUGCGCUCCAUGGUGAUGCGUUACGGCAGCCGUCUGUGGAAGCUUCGAGUCCUGCAGGCUGAGUUGAAGAUUAACAUCCGCUUGACUCCAACAGGGAAGCAAAUUCCCAUCCGCCUCUUCCUUACUAAUGAAUCUGGCUACUACCUGGAUAUCAGCCUCUACAAGGAGGUCACUGAUUCCCGAACGGGACAGGUGGGGCCCAAAGACCGACAGAUUAUGUUCCAAGCAUAUGGAGACAAGCAGGGCCCUUUGCAUGGCAUGCUCAUCAAUACACCGUAUGUUACCAAGGACCUGUUGCAGUCUAAACGCUUCCAGGCACAAUCUCUGGGCACUACCUAUGUGUAUGACUUUCCAGAAAUGUUCAGACAGGCUCUGAAAAAGCUGUGGCAUUCAUGUCAGGCUUAUGCUGACUUACCUCAGUGUCCUCUUCCUUCUGAGCUGCUCACCUUCACAGAGCUGGUUCUUGAUGCUCAAGGUCAGCUGGUACAGAUGAAUCGACUGCCAGGGGGCAACGAGAUUGGCAUGGUGGCAUGGCGGAUGACCCUGCGAACCCCAGAGUACCCAGCAGGACGUGAGAUCAUUGUCAUAAGCAAUGACAUCACACACAAGAUAGGCUCCUUUGGGCCCCAGGAGGACAUGCUGUUCCUGCGAGCCUCAGAGAUGGCUCGGGAAAGUGGCAUCCCCCGACUCUAUAUUGCAGCCAACAGUGGUGCACGCAUUGGUCUGGCCGAGGAAAUCAGACACAUGUUUCAUGUGGCCUGGCAAGAUACAGCUGAUCCUUACAAGGGUUUCAAGUACCUCUACCUCACACCUCAGGAUUACAAGAAGGUUUCAGCUCUAAACUCAGUGCAUUGCGAACAUGUGGAGGAUGAGGGUGAAUCGAGGUACAAGAUCACUGACAUUAUAGGUAAAGAUGAAGGGCUGGGUGUGGAGAAUCUGAGAGGGUCGGGAAUGAUUGCCGGAGAAUCCUCUCUGGCUUACGAGGAGAUCAUCACGAUGAAUCUGGUCACAUGUCGAGCCAUAGGUAUUGGAGCCUAUCUGGUGAGGCUUGGACAGAGGACCAUACAAGUGGACAACUCCCACAUCAUCCUUACUGGAGCUGGAGCCCUCAAUAAGGUGCUGGGCAGAGAAGUGUAUACAUCCAACAACCAGCUCGGUGGAGUUCAGAUCAUGCACAACAAUGGUGUCACUCACUGCACUGUUUGUGAUGACUUUGAGGGAGUCUUCACUCUUUUGCAGUGGCUGUCCUACAUGCCCAAGUGUAAAUCUAGCCCAGUGCCCAUCCUCAAUGCCAAGGAUCCCAUAGAUCGACCAGUAGAGUUUGUACCUACCAAAGCUCCUUAUGACCCUCGCUGGAUGUUGGCAGGACGCCCGAGUCAGACUCCAAAGGGUUCCUGGCAGCUUGGCUUUUUCGACCAUGGCUCUUUCAUGGAGAUCAUGCAGCCGUGGGCUCAGAGUGUAGUGGUAGGCAGAGCCAGACUCGGUGGCAUACCGACUGGAGUUGUUGCUGUGGAAACCAGGUCAGUGGAACUGUCGAUCCCAGCUGAUCCAGCCAAUUUAGACUCCGAGGCUAAGAUCAUCCAACAGGCAGGACAGGUGUGGUUCCCAGAUUCUGCUUUCAAAACUGCUCAGGCCAUUAAGGACCUAAACCGGGAGGGCUUACCUCUCAUUGUGUUUGCCAAUUGGAGGGGCUUUUCUGGAGGGAUGAAAGAUAUGUACGACCAAGUGCUGAAAUUCGGAGCCUACAUUGUGGAUGGGCUGAGGGAGUACAAGCAGCCAGUAUUGGUUUAUAUCCCCCCUCAGGCUGAGCUGAGAGGAGGCUCCUGGGUGGUUAUAGAUCCCACCAUCAACCCCCGGCACAUGGAGAUGUACGCCGACAAGGACAGCCGAGGUGGUGUGUUGGAGCCUGAAGGGACAGUUGAGAUCAAGUUUAGAAGGAAGGAUCUGGUCAAGACCAUGCGAAGAGUAGAUCCAGUCUACAUGGGCUUGGCUGAGAAAUUGGGAACCCCAGAGCUGAGCCCUCCUGAUCGCAAAGAGCUGGAAACCAAACUUAAGGAGCGUGAGGAGUUUCUUUUACCCAUCUACCAUCAGGUGGCUGUACAGUUUGCGGACCUCCAUGACACCCCAGGUCGCAUGCAAGAGAAGGGGGUCAUCACGGAUAUCCUAGAAUGGCAGACAUGCCGUCAGUUCUUCUACUGGCGUCUGCGGCGUCUGCUGCUGGAGGAAACAGUGAAGAGGAAGAUCCAGGUGGCCAACAGCGAGCUGACAGAUGGGCAGAUCCAGGCGAUGUUGCGCCGCUGGUUUGUGGAGGCCGAGGGGGCUGUAAAGGCCUAUCUGUGGGAUAACAAUGAAGAAGUGGUGGCAUGGCUGGAGAGGCAGCUAGCUGAAGAAGAGGGUGCAAGAUCGGUCAUCGACGAGAACAUCAAGUACAUCCGCAGAGACCACAUCCUCAAGCAGAUUCGCAGCCUUGUUCAAGCCAAUCCAGAGGUUGCCAUGGAUUCUAUUGUGCACAUGACCCAGCACAUCUCACCUACUCAGAGAACAGAAGUGGUACGUAUCCUGUCCACUAUGGAGACAGCGUCCUCCUAGUGGGUGCCUGUCUUUGCCCAUGCUUGGCUUAAACCCCAGCUUAGGCCAGAGCCUGCUUCAACCUGAUCUGGAGACUGAGUUUAGAGGAGCCAGCGUGAUGACCCCUGGCAGCAGCCACGUUGCUAAUGAACCGCUGGCAAUGAUUCCCAGUAAGCAAGAGUUGACUGACAUCAUUUAUAACAUUUUGUAAAUGGCCGUACACAUGUGCUAGUAUUUAAGAUGAAUUCAUGUAUUUUGUACUGAAGUGCAAUUAAAAGAAUGACAAUAUAGAAAUAUCUAGUGAAUUUAAUUAAUACGUUUGGAGUUUACACAGACUGCUCGAGAGGAUGUCUAUGCUUCCAUGAUAAUCCAUGCUUUUCAACUGGAGUGUUCCCAAGUAUAAAUUAAACACACUGUUCUUAAAAACACACCUUGGUUUGUGACACACGCUUGCUAAGAUUUGUAAGCGUUUUGAUGACCGGCUCAACAAUAGUGACGCAUUGCUAGAGGAGUUAGCAAGAAAGGGUUUUUUUUACACUCCUAAGCAUGGAGCACUUAGUUACUGAACAAAGACAGAAUUGAACAGGGGAGCUCAGCAGGGAGCAGCAGAAAGGUCCCUUUUAAACCCCAACUAUUGCACAGUUACCCUGCAGUGAGCAAUGGGCAGCUCGCCUCACAACAAAACCACAGCUGUCCCCUUCACACAGUAAAUGCUGCUUUAGAGGCACUUUAGUGCUUACUGUUCCCUUACAUUGCAGCCAGAAUGAAGCCUGCAUUUGAAAUGUUGCGUCUAGCAGACGUACAAACAUAAACGCACAAAGUGAAACAAACAGUAACGCACGGAGAGUUGACGAUAGCUUAAAUAAGAAAUGAUAAUGGCACUAAACGGAGUUUAAAACGUAAGCUUGCUCAGAGAGAUAUUUUUUUCCUCUUUGUUUUGACAGCUGUUGAGUCUUAAAUUGAGAACAAGCUUUACUUAUGUUUUUAUUUGUUUACGUUUCUGUUUUUUUUUUCUAAAGAGAUGUAUUUGAAUUAACAAUCAAAUGGCCAAAUUUUUUAAAAUGUCUGUGAAAUGAUAAAAGCUACUGUUCACAUAUACGUUACAUUUUAACCGUAAUCAACUGUUGCUGAAGUUUUUACGUCUGAUGUAUGAAACGUCGUUUAUUUUUAACAAUUAAACCAGUCUUUUGAAACACAUAUUGAACUGUAUUUGUGUUAUGAUAGAAAGACAACCUGUUGUAAGGAAAUGAGUACAUAAUGAUAAUAAUAACAACAGCUAAACGGCACUACAUUGUUAAAUUUAGACUUUUAGAUCAUUGUGUCACUAUAAUGCACUGCUGAAUACCAAUGUUGGCAAUGUGAAAUGGCUUCAUAGUUAUUGCUGUGCCUUUUCUGUGUGUGUGUGUGUGUGUGUGUGUGUGUUGACACCUGUACUGACAAGCUUCCCAGCUGCUUUCUAAGUAACUGGAUGUUUCCUAUUUGAAGACGGAAAAUAAUCUACACUGUUGACGAUGUGCUCUAAAUGUAACUUCAACUUUAAAUAAAGCUUGCCCAACUUAG